AUAGUCACCCGAAACACGCACACACCCAGUUUUGUUCCACACAAUAUGGUCCAUAAAUAAAAAAAUAAAAAUGGAAGCACAAAUGCACCGCCAACAUCACAACAAAGAGGACGAUCUUCACGAUAUUGUUGAUGGAACUCCGGUUAUAACUGGGACAGCUCUACCGGUUCAAACCGAGGUCAACUUGGAGAAGCCGCCCGGCCCGGAUAAAAUGUUGACCGGGCACGAAAUGUUAAUCGUGGAGGAUGCUGACGUGGCAGAACCAACGGUCCAGAUCAGUCAUCCAACGGGCUUGGAGGAGGACCCACAUUCCCCAAAGAGCCAUCCUAAAAAAAUCCAUCCAUCAAAUUAUCAGUCCAAAGUCGCUGAUCCCACAGGUGAAGGAGGAGCAGAAGCGGACGUUGCCCCACUCGUCGAGCGCUUGGAUAGAUUUCAUAUUCCCGCACCGGAAAAUGAAUCUUACACUGGGAGCCACGGCCAGUUUGCCCCUCAGCCGACUCCCACCGCCGGCGAGUUCGUCCCCGAGUCAAACCCGGUCGACUCAACCCGAGGCUCGGAGCUGCCAAAAAGUUCCGAAACAGAGUCCAUGCCCCGCGACACAAUAGCCGGGAAAAUAUCCUCGACGGCUGCCGGAAAAUCCGCCGGAGGUGCGUCGACGGCGGCGGAAGGGGGCGACAGAGGGGUUUCGGUGAAGGAGUAUUUGGCGGAGAAACUGAGGCCUGGGGAGGAGGAUAGGGCAUUGUCGGAGGCGAUUGUGGAGAGGUUGCAGGGGAAGAAGGCGGUGGUGGGCCGG